AUGGGGGACAAGAAGUCGGAAAUGUUCGACGUCAACUGGCAGAAGAUCUGGCCCGACCGCAUGCCCGUGAUCCUGCGCGACUUGGCGCCCACGAACCCGUUCAACCCGCGCAAUCUGUGGCCCGAAGAGUCCAAAGACGACGCCGUUCCCGCUGCCGAAGCUACUUGUGCAGCUACUUCAGCUGCGCCUACUUCAGCAGACAAGAAACCAAGUGCCAGUGGAAAAGUGAAGAAGGCGGACCUGAUCCGCAUGCAAUUGGCCAAAGAAAAGGCCCAGAAACAGAGCAAAGUCGACGAGGAGAAGCUCAUGAACAUUAAAAAGGCCAAGAACUUGCUGGACAUGAAGAUGGUGACGCCCACGGGGCGUCUCAAGCAGCUGUACGAGAUCUUGCGGGAGAGCUGCAAGAAAAAGGAGUUCACGGACGCCGUGGACACGCUCUGGGAGAUCCAGCGCACGAACCUCGUGCCCAGACGGGCCGCUAGUGAAGGCCGCAAGAAGCUGCACGAGAAACCGAAGAAACUCGACGAGGACGAGCACGUCCAGUUACAGGCGGACUUUAACGCCGUGCAUAAGAAGUACCGGAAAUACGUCAAGACGGUCAAUGAUUACUUGAGUGACAAGGACCUGAUUGAGUGGCAACUCACCGAGAUGUCGGACCGCCUCCCGCCACUUAAUAUGCACCAUAUGAACAAGUUCAUCCUGGACGACUGGCAGCGCACGGUGCUGUCCCACAUUGACCAGAACCAUUCGGUUAUUGUGUGCGCACCAACGAGUUCGGGCAAGACGGUGCUCUCGUCCUACGUGUCGGUUGUCGGCGGCCGCGUGCUGUUUGUUGUCCCGACGGAUCCCCUUGCGUGGCAAGUGGCCGCGCUGUUCCAGGCAAUGGUGAAAGGCUCGGUUGCUUUGAUCACGGACGGGACUGUGUUUCUGCCGCCUGGAUUCCGUGUUGCGGUGGGGACGCCACGUGCAGUCGAGUCGACGCUUAUUGACAUUGGCUACGACUUUCAGUACGCUGUGUACGACGAGGUGCAUGACUUGAACGGACCGGAAGGCGGCGCGUUGGAACGCAUUAUUAAGGCGGUAACGUGCCCUUUCUUGGCGCUGUCUGCUACGAUCGGCAAUGCUGAGAAGCUAAAAGGCUGGUGGGAGUCGCACCAUUCACGCGACGUCCACCUUCUUGAGUACAAGGGCCGGUUCAUCAAUCUACAGCGCAUUAUAUGGCACGAGGAAGAAGCGAAAGAGGAAGGUGCGAAGAAGACUCAAGAGAUGGUGUACUUGCACCCGUGCGCUGGGGUUACUUUGGACUACCUCACUACUAUUGGUUUCGACGCUGGUGACCUGGCGUUCACGCCUCGUGAUGCGUUUGCCUUGUGGCAGGCCAUGAAAAAGUUCUACUCUGCUGAGUUGAUAGCGGAUGUCGACCCGCACAAGUUCUUUGAGCUUGAGGAUGAGACCGAAGCCGAAGUCGCAGGUCCCGUCACUUCGAUCAAGAAGGAGAAAAAGUCGAAGAAAGACAAGAAGUCGAAAAAGGACAAGAAGGAUGGUGGUGACGAGGAGUACGUCGUUGAUCUUGGCAAGCGCACUCACCGCAUUACGCUGAUGGAGUCCAAAAAGUAUGAAGAUAAGAUCAAGAAGCGCUUGGAAGACCUUGCUGUGAAGGAGCCGAAGGCGACCCAGUUGCUGCUUGACUUUUUCGCACCUCCGUCAAGUCUGCAAGACGUUACUGUGGAGCUUCGCGACCCACGCGACACAGACCCUAGCAAUGCCGUAGACGUCUACGCCCUUGUAAAGCAGCUUUGCGCGAAGAAUCUUGUUCCCGCUAUUGCUUUCCAGCUCGACUCAGUUCGAUGUCGGCAGCUGUUCAAUCAGCUUUUGACAUCCAUUGAGGCCGCGGAGAUUGCGAAGUAUCCAAAUUUUCGUGAAAAGGUGCAGCUUGAGUACGCCGAGUGGGAGAAAAACCAGGCGUCCAUGAAGAAACGCGAAGCUAAGGUGAAGGCGAAGGGGAAAGAGGAGGACGAUCGUGAGGCACAGGCAUUCGAGGAGAAGCCGCCCCCGGACAUAUAUGCUCCCCACCCAGAUUUUGUCUUGACGCCUCCUGGUUCCCGUCUUACAGCAACCGAGUUCAACGAGAUCAAAUGGCAAUUGCGUCGCGAACUGUCGGAGGACUCUGACGACGGACACGCGCUGGUGCGUUCGCUACGUCGUGGUAUCGCGAUCUACAACCAGAAUCUGCCUGCCGCAUACCUGCGUAUUGCACAGACACUUGCUCAGGGUGGUCGUCUGGCGGUCAUGUUUUCCGAUGACUCGCUUGCUUACGGUGUAAAUAUGCCGUUCCGGACGUGCUGCUUCUGUGAAGACACCGCGGACGAUGUUUUGACCUCGCUCAUGGUGCAGCAAAUGGCCGGUCGUGCUGGCCGUCGGGGCCUGGACAGACAGGGUAACAUUUUGUUCGCUGGUCUGUCAUGGUCCCGCAUUCAGUUCUUGAUGCGGGGCAUGCUGCCGGACGUAACGGGUCGCAAGUCGCUCUAUCCGACAAUCGCUUUGCAAAAGCUGCUCUCGGCCAAUGUCACAGGCGACAUCAUGCAGCGUAUUGUUGCGCACCCGCUGGGCGAGUACAUGGCAAAGGAGGAGGGCGCGCUUCAGAUGUCGGAGAAGCAGGAAUCGUACUUGACCCGAUCUGUGGAAUGGAUGACUCACUUUGGCUUGACGAAACCGGAGUACAGUCUUGCGGUAGAUGUAUCCGUCACGAAGCUUGUAUGGGAGUGCCGCGACGAUCCAUCCGAGGCGCUGGGUAUCUUUUGGAUCCUAGAGGCGGUGCUGAAAGAGUUUCACCACAAGCCUGGUGAUAACAUUGCACUUCAGCUUGCUCUGUUCAACAUGCUGUUGCGUGUCGUUGGUCGUGAACAGUUCCACCCGGAGUAUGCUCAUGGAUCGGAGCUUGCUCCUCUUCCUGGACAAGAGGUGGUUUGGGAAAAGCUGUCAGGUUUGCUGCAGUCGUACGAAGACAAGCUCAAUGAGUUGGGCGAGAACGCACCGGAAGAGUUGCGUAUGCGUGUAGGUUUGACGCAUCCUCUUGACGGAUACGUGUUCCGCACCGUCGUGGAGAACCUGAUUCCGCAGGGUCUUGGCACGUCGCAGCUGAACCAGAUCAAGAAGCGCUUGCGUCACGUGGGUGACCGUCUUCGGUUGAUGCACAACUUGCUCAUGUACAGCGGCCGUUAUGGUGAACUGGAAGAGAUCGUGCGUAAAUGUUUCCGCCGCAUCAAGUGGAUCCUCAUCGAUUCGGAAGUGUAA